AUGUUGCAUUUGGGAAACCCCAAGAUUCACAUGCGAAACAACCACCGCACUUUUCAAAGGGAAAAAAGCGUGACGCUCACCAUCAGCGUCUCGCUCAUCCCGUCCUUCCUUCAGUUGGUUGGCGAAUUCGAAGAAGGGUCUUUGACCACCUUCCGAUCGACCGACUCUGGCUAUAACGUGGGGUCGUGUAUCAUCAUCGUCGUCAUCUUUUCUGCCAGUUUCAUCCAUCAUGUUUACGUCGCGUCGUUUGUCUCCCAGGGUCAAUCUCCUUCGGCCGAUGGUCAGAGUGGGAACGUACCGGGCCAGGGCAACUCGUCCGAAGUGGCGGAGGAUAGUGGGGCGUGCGGCAUUGGUUGCACUCUCUCCGGCCGUUACGAUGGCCGUUACGAUCUUCGCUUCGCUUCGCCUCCUUUCGCUGGUCUCGAGUCCGAGUUUCAGGAGCACCUACUGUCACUGCCCACAGGUUGGGCCUGCGCCUGCGCUUGUCCAAUGAUGGUCAACUUCUUCCCAGAGGCAACAUCGCCCUCAUACCUACGGAUACACGAAGCUUCGUACUGGGCAGCUUUGCCUGACAACAGCCAUGUUACACGGUUUUGCGACUCAAGGCUGAUUUCACAAUCAUUCUUGAUGUCUCCUUCACUUCUUCUCUCCUCAACCGUCCUUCAACCUGAUCAAAAUCACCGCAAUACUUCUGCCCGACACACUGAAACCCAAGAUAGCAAACUCGGCUGUACAGCACCACCCCCGACAUCAACCGUCGUCUCCUCGCAGACCCUGCAGCCCGAAGUGUUGGGGACACGGGAAGAGCAAACAAGGGCCCGAAAGGCAUUCUGCAGAAACCUCGAUCCUAUUUGGAGCGUUCUUCUCCCACGUACCAACAAGCAAGGCGGCAUUCCCCAAUUUCUGAGCCUCGCUAUCAACCAUUGUGCCGGCUCGCAGCCUCACAACCAUGGCUGCCCACAGCUUGCAAACAAUUUCGUGCUGUUUCUUGAUAGGAUAAGGGCCUGCCUACGCGACGAAAAGCCAUUGCAGCAGGCUGUCCGGCUCAGAAAGAAAACGACGCUGGGAAGUGGCCACGAGCACAUCGACGAUUACAUAGAGACAGUCCGAUCUCCGCUGAUCGAAAGGAUCCAUCUAACCCAAAAAAAAUCCCCUAAUAUCUCAUAUCACUCUGUCGCUCUACUCACAGGCGUCGCCAUGUGUCAGUACUACGCUCACGUUUUCGUCUGCAAACACCUCACUUUCGCCUUCGCCCGUUUCUGCCAUCCUGCAAGCCUGAUCCAGAAGCCUUGCUCCAAGCGUCAGAUUUGGCAUACCAUCCACCUCGAAGAGGCAUGCGAUGAGUGUAUCAUGUGGUUCCCCGAUAAGUUCCCAGCGAAGCGGCGGCGGGGCGACUAAAGACUGGGAACAGGGGGGAGGGGGGAGGGGAGAGACAUGGAAAGACAAGGUGGUUGCAUAUCGAAGGAAUAAGCAAGGGGGGGAUAAAUAAAAAGGGAAGGCAAAAAGAAAAGAAAGAGAGAAACAAAAAGGGGACACAGCACAGUUCUAGAAUUUUCAGCUCGGGCUCUACUUCGACAAUGGACAGGAGGAAUAAACUGGAAGGGAUACCGUGGGCAGUAUGCCCAGUGUGCCAUUGACUUUCGUGAUUCCCGGCCUCAUGAGAGACUGACAAGAAGCAACUAACCGUGGCGAUUCAAAUCGGUAUGACUAGGCGGCGCUGGGUCGCCCAAAAGAUGCGUAAGAGAAGCAUGGUUUUUUUAUAUUACAUUAAAUGUGCAUUUUCAUCAGAUCAUGUUUGGAUAAAGUUGUGUACGUCCC